GUGUAGGAAGGGAAAAUUCCAAUGGGACAAUGCUUCUCAGUACUUGUACUCAGUACAAUCUAGUUAUAACAAACACCAUCUUUCAACAAUCCAACAAGUAUAAGACAACAUGGAUGCAUCCAUGUUCACAUCAUUGGCAUCUUCUAGACUACGUCAUUGUGCGACGUGAUCUGCGUGAUGUCAGACAAACUCGAGUGAUGAGGGGUUCUAGUAGUUGGUCAGAUCAUCGGUUUGAGAGGUGCAUCACAUCUCUUGUCAUCAAGCCCAAGCAACAUCAGCAACGCUUGAUGCCUACUAAAAAGUUGUGUGUUAAAUGACUGUUCGUCAAAGACAUUAGAUGUCAGUUUCAAGAUCAAAUAAAGUAUUCGUUGGCUGGUAUGACAGAAUCAUCUGACAUUGACUGCUUUUGGACCGAUUUGAAAACAAAGGCCUUUCAAUGUGCAUCUGACAUUUUAGGUCAUACCAAAUACAAACAUCAGGAUUGGUUCGACAUGAAUGAACCUACAAUUCAGCCUCUCCUUGACAGCAAGAGGGAAGCACAUCUUGGGUGGAUCAGGGAUAAAUCUUUGACUGCUAAGAAAAUAGCUUAUACCAGCUUGUGUCAGUGUGCAAGCUAAAAUACGUUCACUGAAAGAAACCUGGUGGAUGAAGAAAGCAGAAUAUCUACAAGCAGCAGCUGACGAACAUGACAUGAAGCGAUUUUACUCUGGUUUAAAAUCAGUUCUUGGUCCACAGUCUAGGAGUACAACACCUAUUUUCUCUCAUGAUGGCUCAAUUCUGCUUACUAAACACAAGGACAUUCUUCAGCGUUGGGCUGAUCUCUUCAAUCUAGUACUAAAUCGUCCUUCUGUCGUUGAUGAUACGGUGUUAGAUGAAAUUCCACAGCUGGCAUGUGAAGAUCAUUUAGCGGUGUCUCCCCAUGUAGAUGAGGUUUCUGAUGCAAUUCAGCAUAUGUCAUCUGGAAAAGCAUGUGGGUUGGAUGGCCUUCCAGCUGAAAUAUUUAAACAUGGUGGUAGAAUUUUGGUAGAAAAACUAACUCAACUCUACAGUCUUAUUUGGCAAUAUGAAGCGGUUCCCAAAUACUUCCAAAGACAUUACGCUACCACAAUCCAUUUAUACAAACGUAAUGGAGACCGCUCAAUUUGUGACAAUUAUCGUGGCAUUUCACUUCUAUCUACUGCCGGGAAAAUCAUGGCUCAAAUUAUUUUAAAUAGAUUAACCAAACAUGUCUCUGACAAUAUAUUGCCAGAGACUCAGCGUGGUUUUUGUUCAGGUCGGGGAACUACCGACACGAUCUUUACUGCUAGACAACUUCAUGAAAAGUGUCGUGAACAUCAUAGAGACCUCUACAUAGUUUUUGUACAUCUGACAAAAGCAUUUGAUUCUGUUAACAGAAAUCUCUUAUGGAGACUACUCGGAAGUAUUCUGUCUCAAAACAUUGUUGUCGAUGAUGAUAUUUCAAUGCGUCUGAGUAGAGCUGGUGCUGCCUUUGGCAACCUGACGAAAUGCCUUUGGAAUGAACAUGGCAUAACCACAUCCACUAAGGUCAAAGUUUACAAAGCUGUUGUGAUCACCACUUUACUUUAUGGUUGUGAGACUUGGACAUUAUAUAGAAGACACAUAAAACAGCUUGACCAAUGUCACAUGCGAUGUCUUCGCAAAAUUGGAAAUACAAAAUGGCAAGACAUGAUACCCAAUACCGAGGUUCUGAAGAAAUGCAACAUGCCUCGAAUUGAGGCUCUUCUACUACAAACUCAACUUCGAUGGUGUGGCCAUCUUGUUCGAAUGAAGGAUGAUACAAUUCCAAGGGGAAGUGUUUUAUGGUCAGCUGAAGAAAGUUCUAGAACAGCAAGUGGUCAGAAAUUGCGCUUUAAAGACACAUUGAAAUCCAAUUUGAAAUCUUGUAAUAUUGAUAUAUCCAACUAG